CCUAAACAAUACACAUGUCCUUCCAAAAUACACAAACAACUCGCUUGAUGUUUCUUUGCGUAUGCUUCACCUCAAACUCGACCACACAAUCACAGGUAUGUCAGGUUGGAUGGCGCUCUUGGGGCGCCCACUGAUCCACUGUGGGCGGACCUCCUCCUCUCAACUCCGACACGCCUCCCGUCUUGUGUUUCAAUCCCACGGAGCUCCCUCCCAAGUUCUUAAAUAUGAAUCGUUUCCCACUCCGGUCGAACCAUCGGAUCCGCAGAACGUUUUGGUUCGCAUGCUCAUGGCCCCCAUCCACCCGGCCGAUAUCAACACCAUUCAGGGGGCUUACCCCAUUACCCCCGAUCUACCCGCAGUGGGUGGAGGGGAGGGUUUAGGGGUCGUGGUCAUGGCGGGUGGGGCCGUUACCCACCUGGCCCCCGGGGAUUGGGUCAUUCCAGCCGGAAAUAUGACCGGCACCUGGACCACACACACCCAAGGACCCGCCGAGGCCUUUGUCAAGAUUCGGAAAGAUAUCCCUGAGAUUGCGGCGGCUACCCUUCGUACCAAUCCGAGUACGGCUUAUCGCAUGUUAAAAGAUUUCGUUCAGUUGGGUCCCGACGACUGGGUGAUUCAAAACGGGGCCAAUAGCGCCGUGGGACAAGCAGUCAUUCAAAUUGCCAAGCAUUGGAAACUUCAUACAGUUAAUAUAGUGCGAGCUCGCGACAACAUCGACGCGCUGAAACAUCAGCUCCAAAACUUAGGCGCGGACUUCGUACUCACCGAGGAGGAAUUUCGGAAAUGGACCGAGAUUCGAGAAGGGCGCCUACCAAAGCCCAGAUUGGCGUUAAACUGUGUGGGAGGCUCAAGUGCCACCGAGUUAUCCAAGUGUUUGUCUAAUUCGGCGGUUAUGGUUACGUAUGGUGGAAUGAGUCUCAAGCCAGUGACCGUGGCCACAUCUGGACUGAUCUUCAAAGACAUCGCUAUCCGAGGUUUUUGGCUCAGUCGUUGGCUGUCCGAACACGCCAACGGUGAUGAGCGGAUAAAGAUGUUCUCUGAAUUGGCCGGAAUGUGCAAAGACGGGGUACUGACCGCUCCAGUUCACCAAACGGUCUCCUUGAAGGAUUUCAAGGCUUCCGUGGACAAUACACUCAAGGGCUUCAAAGGGGGCAAAUUCAUUUUUGAUAUGACCAAGGAGAAACAAAACGGUGCUUGAAACAAUGAGUUUGUCUAUUGACA